AUGAUGCGCGAAUCGAGUAGUUGUGAGCUGAAGAAUGAAGGAUGUCACAUUUGUUUAGAAGAUGAAGCGAAAGACCCCAUGUACUGUCUACAAUGCCUAAAGAUCAUCGCCUGUAAAGUCUGUUUCAGAGAUUACCUUAGGGAGUGCAAAGAAACCCUUCUGAAAUGUCUGAACUGCCAAAGACCUAGCAUCGUCAUGUAUUCGCUGUUCAAUAAGGUGGCAAAACAGAAGAACGACAAGUUUUAUGCUCAGAUUCCAGAGCAAUAUUUUGAUAUAGUGGAAGAUGAAGAAGAAGUGGAAGAAGGAAGUUAA